AUGGGUGCCUCAGGACUUAUCAAAUCGGGCGUCCCGCCACAGCCCCUCUGGCUUCUCUACAUCAAGAUCGCAAUCAUCGUCCUCUCCGUUGUCAUACUUGGACUAUCUGCUUGGGAGCUUUCGCUUUUCUCGGGCUACACGUGGCUCGGCUCUGCUGGUGCUGGCGGUCUCCUCAUUUUUGUGGUAAUCCUCAGCUGGAUCGUCUACGGCACUGCCAUCGGGCUCGAGCUCGGGGCGCCGCGAUUCUUUUUCCGCAUCGCUUUCCUCAUCGGCUACAUUUUGACUAUCAUUUUCUGGCUGUCAGGCUGGGCUUGGGCAGCGGCCGCUGCCGGGUUCUACCUGUCGUACCGGGACGCGGCAAACCGUGAGGUCGGGGCAGCGCUCGGUGCACCCCUCGCUAACCAUAAGUUCCUGCGCAGGAUUUUGGUCAUUGUUCACCUGGUCUUCUUCAUCAUCGCCUGUGUCAGGGAGCAAGGGAAUUCAGGACCCGCCCAAGCCGAGCUCGGCCAGUACAAACCCGCUGAAGCCUACCCUCCGCAGCAGCAGUACAACCCAGUGCCAGCUCAGCAGCAGCCGUACCCUGCCCAACAGCAAUACCCUGCUCAACAGCAAUACGACCCUGCUCAACAGCCUUACCCUGCUCAACAACAACCCUAUCCUGCUCAGCAGCCUUACGCGCCGCAAUGA